AUGACGAACAGGGUGGCUUGUUUCCAACGAGUCAUCGAUGAAUUCAUACGUAGAAACGAACUGCUGGGUACUUUCGCGUACAUUGACAUCACCACCAUCGCUGCGUCGUCUCAACAGGAGCACGAUGAAAAUCUGUCCAGAUUCCUUGAGGUAGCAAAGAAGUCAAAAUUCACCUUCAAUGAAGACAAAUCUGUCUUCUCAGCAACGUCGAUCGAUUUGUUGGGCUACACCAUAUCGCAUGGUACUCUCAAGCCAGACGCCGAUCGCUUGCGUCCUCUGAAGGAAUUGCCACUUCCGAAAGACUCACCAGCUCUACGCGUGAUAGGACUCUUAACAUACUACUACCGGUGGAUCUCACACUUUUCCGACAAGGUCAGACCUUUGGUCAAGGCUAAGAUAUUCCUUCUCCAAGGGGAAGCAGUUUCCGCCUUCGAAAAUCUUAAAGUGGAAAUAGCAAGUGCGGUAAUCAGCUCGAUUGACGAGAAGAUUCCAUUCGUAGUAAAAACCGACGUUUCCGACUCUUCCAUCGCUGCCUCCCUGAAUCAAGCCGGUAAACCAGUUACAUUCUCCUCGAGAACGUUCUCAGACAGUGAGUUUGAGUACAGACGCUCUUUUUGUCAAAAUUGA